AUGAAGGCUAUAUAUACAAUUACAGCUGUGUUAGUAACUGUUGCAAAUUGUGCUAAUUUUAAUCCUCGUCAAGAUGCAUUAGCGAACGCCUUGCAAAAUAUAUUCUCUUCAGCCAAUACAGAGAAGGCUAUGAACAUGAUACAAAUGGCAGCAAAUCGACAAGUUCAUAACCCUGCUCCAUGUAAGGAAGAAAAAAUAGUACCCAUUGCAACAGCUCCACCUAAUCGACAAAUUGUACCUAUUGGAGCCAUGCAAAGACCGGCCCCACCCAAUGCAGGGCAAGUUGUCAAGCAAGCACCCCCGAAUAUUCCAUUAAAUUUACAAAAUCUGGCAGAAUUGAUUUCUUUAAAUGCCAUGGCGUCGCAAAAUCCUGUCAUGCCUAAAUUUACGAUGCCUAAUAUGCCAAUAAUUAUUACAACAACAAGAGAAGUUCCUCAACCACCUAUUAAUAAAGAGGUGAAUAGCCAAUUCUAUCAAGUUACCCUGCCAUGUCUUCAAGAAGGUAUGUUCAAAUCAAACCCAACCUUUGCAGUUUCACCAAGGUUUCUCCAAGCUCCGAAGCCACCUCAACAGAGUUUAGGAAAUACUAACGUAAUUUUUUCAAGCCAACCCUGUACUCGGCCUACAGAAUAUACAAUAACUAGUCCCACAUAUUUGCCCCAAAGUAUGCCUCUACCUAUUGCAACCCCAGCGCCAGCACCUUGUUGUCCUCCUUCACCAAGUAUAGAAGUAUGCUUGCCGGAAGUGGAACCAGUGUUUGAUUUUACUUUGGGAUGCUUAGAUCCUAUAUUAAAAUGUUACGGUAUGUUAAAUGAAGUACCUGCUGCAUCACCAGUUCCUCCAAUUUCACCACCAUGUUCCUUAAUUUCUUCACCGACGUUACCUUCACAGUGUUCGUGCCACUUCCUAAGGAAAAUAUCUAUUCCCCCACCUUUCAUAUAA